AAGAAAUAAUAAAAGAAGUGAAAAAGACUUAGUGGUAGCAGAAUUAGAAUUAGACAGUCUACGUGGGUGGGUAAGAGGAAAAAAGUCCAAACAGUUAGUUGGAAUUUCCAAAGCUGCUUCUUACUAAGAUCAACAUUCCAUCCACAAAAUUCCGUCAGAAUAUAUUUAUCAUCUGGGUUCUGAUUUUUCUGCUCACUACAAUCGAAUAAACCUGGCAUAAAAUGGGUACUUACCUCAGUACUCCCAAAACUGAUAAGCUCUCUGAAGAUGGUGGGAAUGAUCGGCUAAGAUACGGGUUAUCAUCAAUGCAAGGGUGGCGCGCAUCCAUGGAAGAUGCUCAUGCCGCUUAUCCUGAUCUGGAUGCGUCCACUUCCUUCUUUGGGGUUUAUGAUGGUCAUGGAGGUAAGGUGGUUGCUAAGUUCUGUGCGAAGUUUCUUCAUCGGCAGGUUCUGAAGAAUGACGCAUACACUGGUGGAGAUAUAGGAACUUCUGUUCAAAAAUCAUUUUUCAGAAUGGAUGAAAUGAUGCGUGGACAAAGGGGAUGGAGAGAGUUAGCUAUUUUGGGAGAUAAGAUAAACAGAUUUACUGGCAUGAUAGAAGGGCUUAUUUGGUCUCCAAGGAGCAGUAGCAGUGAUACAAAUGAUCAAGUUGAUGAUUGGGCCUUUGAGGAGGGGCCUCAUUCUGAUUUUAGCGGUCCAACUUCUGGGAGCACAGCCUGUGUUGCAAUUAUUCGAAACAACCAACUUGUUGUUGCAAAUGCGGGUGAUUCUCGUUGCGUCAUAUCAAGGAAGGGGCAGGCUUACAAUUUAUCUAGAGAUCACAAACCAGAUCUAGAGGUUGAGAAGGAAAGAAUUUUGAAAGCUGGUGGUUUCAUCCAUGCUGGUCGGGUUAAUGGCUCUUUAAAUCUUGCAAGAGCUAUAGGGGAUAUGGAAUUCAAGCAGAACAAAUUUUUGCCUGCUGAAAAGCAAAUUGUAACUGCCAGCCCAGAUAUAAACACAGUCGAGCUAUGUGAUGAUGAUGAAUUCCUGGUGCUUGCCUGUGAUGGUAUCUGGGAUUGCUUGACAAGCCAACAACUUGUAGAUCUUAUUCAUGAACAGCUUCAGUUGGAAAGCAAGCUCUCUGCAGUAUGUGAGAAAGUGCUUGACAGAUGCUUGGCACCGUCAACAGUCAAUGGUGAGGGGUGUGAUAACAUGACCAUGAUCUUGGUGCAAUUCAAGAAACCGACACAGCCCGGUUCAUCUGCCAACGAGCAGCAAUGUUCAUCAUCUAAAGUGGCUGAAAAUGACUCGAAACAAGCUGAAGCCUGAGUCAGGCAAAAGAGUUGGAUGGAUAUUUGAUUGGAUUAUAUUUUCUAAUUACUGAGUCCAUUUAUUCGAGAAAGCUGGUUUGAAGUUUACAACAACCUCUCUCCAUGUAUACAUGUUGGCCUCUCUCUGUUGUGUAAUUGUAGAUGGUGCAGCAUGUAAGUGUUUGAUUAGCCACCCAACAGGAAAAGGGUACGUUUUUGUGCUCUUUUGUGUGUAUUUAGUCUUGAAAAUAGAAGUAAAAACAUCUGGGGCUCGGCUUGAACAUCUCUGUACAGCUGAUAUACUUAGCUCCAUUAGUCUUUUUGCUUAAUUACGGCAUGUUGUGACAUAAUAGAUUUUAACUUUUAUUUUUUUGUUUGUGUAGAAACCUAAGCCAUCACUACAUUCAUUUCAAAUAAUUUUUCAGCUUGUUUUUGCCUUAUA